AGAACGACAGUAGUGAAAGAAACCAUCACCUACCUCAACAUGCCUGGCACAACAUUACCUCCUUUCCCUGACGACGUGCUCACCCACCCAUUACUCGUGGUUGAUUAUCAGCUCAUUAAAGAAGGCAACCAGCAAGAGAUCGAAACGUUGUGGAAAGCGGCGACGAGUCUUGGGUUCUGGUAUUUGAAGAACCAUGGAGCUGAACAGGAAGUGAACGAUAUGUUUGAUAUGGGGGCUGAGACAAUGGCGCUGCCUUUGGAUGAAAAGCUGAUGUUCGAACAGGGAGACGACGGGGUCUCUUUUGGAUAUAAGAAGGCUGGUGCUAAUGCUACUGACGAAACGGGAAAGAACCUCGAUACUGUUGAGUUCAUCAAUGUAGCAAAAGAUGACGCCUUAGCUUAUCCACAAGUCGCCCGACGUUCCUAUCCACGGACAGUAAACGCUCGCAUGGAAUCUACUAUCACGCCCUUCGUUCGCAAGUCUUUGGAUGUUAAUUACACCAUCAUGGGCGUCUUCAACGACAAGCUGGGUCUUCCUAAGGGCACAAUUGCUAAAUAUCAUGAUCUUCGUGAAUAUAGCGGCAGCGAGGCAAGAUGCAUCAAGAACCCUCCCAUGCCUGGAGUUUCUGCCGCGAAAGUCGCAAUUGGGGCUCACACUGACUUCGGUUCAUUGUCAUUCCUACACAACAGACUGGGGGGUUUGCAAGUGCUUCCACCAGGACAUGAAGAAUGGUCAUACGUCAAGCCCAUCCCGGGCCACGCUAUCUGCAAUGUUGGAGACGCAUUAGCUAUUUUCAGCGGAGGUAUCCUUCAAUCUAACAUUCAUCGGGUCAUUCCUCCUCCGGGAGCACAAGCGCACCACGAAAGAUGGUCUCUUGUGUUCUUUACACGCCCAGGAAACUCGGCCUUACUUCGAGCUUUGGUGGAAGACAGCCCAGUAAUUGCUGGAGCUGUUGCACAAAAACCAGAGAAGAAUUUCGAGACGGGUUCUACAUCGGAAGCAUGGUUCGCCCGGCGGAUUAAAAACCAAAGGAUCAAGAAUCGCACUGGUCCGGAGACAUGGCAAGCCAGUAGAGGCACGGAACACAAACCGACUGCCGCAUGAGGCUUCAAAGAUAUGAACUCUUGACUUGUAUAUUAUGAAUAGGAAGCACUGUAUUAGCGUUUGUGUAUCGGCCUGCGUUGUAAGUGUUAGUUUAUCUGUGCAAUAACUAUGCUUUCCCCGAAGCUUUAAACCAUCUACGACUUCGGUGGCAAAGAAGAAGG